AUGCAGAUUGGAACAGAAGAAUAUGGAAGCCUGUUCCUUAACCAGAAACAGAAGAUAAUGGGCUUGAUAGAAUGGCAAGAUGUAGAUGUAUCUAAGAUUGCAGUUGGAGGAUCACUGCAAGUAAUAUAUGUCAUUAAUGCUGGUUCAAGUAAUCAUGACUUUGGAUUUGGUGUCACAUGCUCUCUUGGCUAUUUCCCUUGUGGAAAUAUCACAAAGUGUUUGCCUCAGUUUCUUCAUUGCAAUGGGAUUGAUGACUGUGGAAAUAACGCAGAUGAAGACAACUGUGAUGAUAACACUGGAUGGUCUCAGCAGCUGGAUGCAUUUUAUAAUAAACAGAUAUCCCAAUAUAUAUUUCAGGAGGAAAUCAAAGAGUGCUUGCUAGAUUUUGUGCCAACAGAAUGUACGUGCCAUGGCCUAGAAGUUGAAUGCAAUGAUGCCCACCUGAAUGCUGUUCCUUUGCUUUCUCCAAAUGUAACGAUGAUAUCUCUACAAUGGAAUCUGCUGAGAAAACUUGUUGCCAAUGGUUUCAAAAAAUAUCAGGAUCUUAAAUACCUGUACCUUCAAAAUAAUAAUAUAAGCAUUGUGUCAGGACAUGCUUUCAAAGGACUCUACAAUCUGACUAAAUUAUAUCUGAGUAAUAACAAGAUAACCUUUUUAAAACACCGUGUAUUUGAAGACCUACAUAAACUCGAAUGGCUCAUAAUGGAAAACAAUACAAUGAAAUGCAUCUCUCCGCUAACCUUUUAUGGACUCAGCUCGCUAAUUCUCUUAGUUUUUAUGAAUAAUUCUCUUGUCCAGUUGCCUGAUAAACAUCUUUGUCAGCAUAUGCCAAAAUUGAACUGGCUGGACUUUGAGGGAAACCACAUCCGUAAUUUAGGAAAUGCUACUUUCAUCUCCUGUAGUAGUUUAACAGUUCUUGUUUUGAGAAGAAACAAAAUCAACUCUCUCCAUGAAAAUAGCUUCUCUGCUCUUCAGAGAUUAGCUGAAUUAGAUCUAGCUAACAACAGGAUUGAAUCACUUCCUCCAAUCAUAUUUAAGGAUCUGAAAGACCUUUCACAUCUGAAUCUUUCAUACAAUCCAGUUCAGAAAAUACAAUUAGAUCAAUUUGAUUAUCUCAGGAAACUCAGCUCAUUGAGCCUAGAAGGUAUCGAAAUUAUGAAUAUCCAAAGAAGAAUGUUCAGCCCACUAAGAACUCUUUCCCAUAUAUACUUUAAAAAAUUUCAGUAUUGUGGUUUUGCUCCUCAUGUGCGUAGCUGCAAGCCAAAUACUGAUGGCAUCUCAUCCUUCGAUAACCUGUUAGCCAGCAUUAUACAGAGAGUAUUCAUCUGGGUUAUGUCUAUUAUUACCUGCUUUGGAAACAUCUUUGUCAUUUGCAUGCGGCCUUAUAUUCGGUCAGAGAACAAGCUCCAUGCCCUAUCAAUAAUGUCUCUCUGCUGUGCAGAUUGCCUCAUGGGAAUAUACUUAUUUGUGAUUGGUGCCUUUGAUCUCAAAUAUCGUGGGGAAUACAACAAGCAUGCUCAGUUAUGGAUGGGCAGUAUCCAUUGCCAGUUGGUGGGGUCUAUAGCCAUUUUAUCCACAGAAGUGUCUGUCUUCUUAUUAACCUAUCUGACUUUGGAGAAAUAUAUCUGCAUAGUUUACCCUUUCAGAUUCUUCAAGCCUGGAAAAUACAAGACAAUUUCCAUUUUGGUUGUUAUAUGGAUUAUAGGAUUUAUUGUUGCUUUUAUUCCACUGAGCAAUAAGAAUUUUUUCCAGAACUACUAUGGCACCAAUGGUGUCUGUUUCCCUCUUCACUCUGAACAAUCUGAAAGCAUUGGAGCUCAGAUUUAUUCUGUCAUCAUUUUUUUGGGUAUUAACUUGGUAGCGUUUAUCAUCAUUGUGUUUUCCUACGGAAGUAUGUUUUAUAGCAUUCAUCAAACAGCUGUUACUUCAGUGGAAGUCCAGAAUCAUGUAAAGCAGGAGAUGAUCCUUGCCAAACGGUUCUUCUUCAUUGUAUUUACUGAUGCACUAUGCUGGAUACCCAUAUUUACACUAAAAUUGCUUUCCUUACUUCAAGUAGAAAUUCCAGGUUCUAUAACUUCUUGGGUUGUAAUUUUUAUUUUACCUAUAAAUAGUGCCUUGAAUCCUCUUCUCUAUACAUUAACUACCAGACCUUUCAAAGAAAUGAUUUGUCAAGCUUGGCAGAAUUACAAGCAAAAAAAUUCUUCAGAAAGUAAAAGCAAUCAGAAAAUAUACAGCCCAUCAUUUAUAUGGAUAGAAAUGUGGCCUAAGGAGGAUAUGUCAUCAGAGCUGACAAAGCCUGCCCUUUAUACAGAUACCUGUGGAGCACUGACAACUACAGACUCAGCAAGAAUAAAUUAA